UAUCAUCUUCGUCUUCUUCGCAUCUUAUUCUCUGCUUCUGCAUCUUCUUCUUCUGAAUCUUCUCUAUUUUCGUCAUACAUCACCAUCUUCUUUUCUUCUCCAUCUUUUCUACUUAUUUAUAAAUCAUCUAUCAUUAUUGUCUUUUUCUCUACUUCUUAAAUAUAUAUUUUUUUUAAAUUAUUUUGCAAUUAGUAGGUUAAAUCGAAUCGUCAAUUCAAUUCGAUGAAACGUGAGAUUAACCUGCAAAACGAUUCAAACAAACUAUUUGUAUCGUUUAACAUCCAUUAUGCUACGAAUCGCGAAUCGUCCUUUUUUAACAACAUUUUCGCUCCAAGAGAACAGAAUGGAUUCCACACCGAUCCCAAAUGGCUCAUCCGUCACUGCGUUUGAAUCGGACCACCACCAGGAUCUGCUGUCGUCGACCUCCAUAAACUUCGGCACCGCCGAGGCACUCGACCACGUCCGGAGCAUCACCGACGUCGGAGCCAUGACGCGUCUCCUCCACGAGUGCAUUGCUUACCAGCGAGCCCUGGAUCUGGAACUCGAUAGCCUCCUCUCCCAGCGCUCCAAUCUCGACCAGCACCUCCUCCACCUCCAGAAGUCCGCCGAUGUCCUCCACAUCGUCGAGACCGACUCCGACCACAUGCUUUCCAAUAUUACCUCCACCGCCGAUCUCGCUGACCACGUCAGCAGCAAAGUCCGCGAGCUUGAUCUCGCUCAAUCCCGAGUCAAUUCCACGCUCCUCCGCCUCGACGCCAUUGUUGAGAGGGGCAAUUGCAUUGAAGGAGUUAAGAGGGCUUUGGAAACUGAAGAUUACGAGGCCGCUGCCAAUUUCGUCCAGACAUUCCUUCAAAUCGACGAGAAAUACAAGGACUCUGGGUCGGAGCAGAGGGAGCAGCUCAUGUUGUCAAAGAAGAAGCUUGAAGGGAUUGUGAGGAAGCGGCUUUCGGUGGCCGUGGAUCAGAGGGACCAUCCGACUAUCCUGAGAUUCAUUCGGUUGUAUACACCGCUGGGGUUGGAGGAAGAGGGAUUGCAGGUGUAUGUUGGGUAUCUGAGGAAGGUGAUUGGGAUGAGAUCUAGGCUUGAGUUUGAGCAUUUGGCGGAAUUGAUGGACCAGAAUGUAGCCGGUGAUGGCCAAACACAGGCUAACUUUGUUGGGUGUCUGACCAAUUUGUUCAAAGACAUCGUCUUGGCUGUUGAAGAAAAUAAUGAGAUUUUAAGGAGUCUUUGUGGUGAGGAUGGUAUUGUUUAUGUGAUUUGUGAGCUUCAAGAGGAGUGUGAUACCCGUGGUUCUUUGAUCUUGAAGAAGUACAUGGAGUAUAGGAAAUUGCCCUUGCUGUCUUCCGAUAUCAAUGCCCAAAACAAGAACUUACUUGCCGUUGGAGUUUCUUCUGAGGGACCGGAUCCCAGGGAGGUUGAGUUGUACUUGGAAGAAAUACUGUCAUUGAUGCAACUGGGGGAGGACUAUACAGAAUUCAUGGUCUCGAAGAUCAAGGGAUUGACUUCUGUGGAUGCAGAGUUGGUCCCGCGAGCAACCAAGGCUUUUAGGAGCGGAAGUUUCAGCAAAGUUGUUCAAGAAAUUACCGGUUUCUAUGUCAUUCUAGAGGGAUUUUUCAUGGUGGAAAAUGUAAGGAAGGCUAUUCGGAUUGAUGAGCAUGUACCUGACAGUCUUACAACUUCAAUGGUGGACGAUGUGUUCUAUGUACUACAGAGUUGUUUGCGAAGGGCGAUAUCUACUUCCAAUAUCAGCUCCGUGAUUGCUGUGUUGAGCAGUGCGAGUAGCUUGUUAAGCAAUGAAUACCAUGAGGGAUUGCAACAGAAAAUGAGAGAGGCAAACCUUGGCGUGAAGCAGUUAUUGGGUGGUGCUGGUGUGCAGAAGACAGGAACAGAGAUAGCAACAGUUUUGAACAACAUGGAUGUUAGUUGCGAGUAUGUCCUGAAAUUGAAACACGAGAUUGAGGAGCAAUGUGCAGAGGUAUUCCCUGCUCCAGGUGAUAGAGAAAAAGUAAAAUCUUGUUUGUCUGAAUUGGGGGAUAUGAGCAACACAUUCAAGCAAUCUUUGACUGCUGGCAUGGAACAAAUUGUUGCAACCAUAACACCCCGAAUUCGUCCAGUGCUAGAUGGUGUAGCAACCAUCAGUUACGAGCUCUCUGAGGCUGAAUAUGCAGAUAAUGAGGUCAAUGAUCCAUGGGUCCAGAGACUUCUCCAUGCUGUUGAGUCGAAUGUAGCAUGGCUCCAGCCUUUAAUGACAGCCAACAAUUAUGACUCGUUUGUACAUUUGGUCAUUGACUUCAUCGUGAAGAGGCUGGAAGUGACUAUGAUGCAGAAAAGAUUCAGUCAGCUUGGAGGACUGCAGCUCGAUAGAGAUGCUAGGGCAUUGGUAAGCCACUUCUCUAGCAUGACUCAAAGGACUGUUAGAGAUAAGUUUGCUCGUCUCACUCAAAUGGCUACUAUUCUCAACCUAGAAAAGGUCUCUGAGAUUCUAGAUUUUUGGGGUGAGAAUUCAGGACCUAUGACAUGGAGGCUUACUCCAGCUGAAGUUAGGCGUGUUUUGGGUUUGAGGGUUGAUUUUAAACCUGAAGCAAUUGCGGCUCUUAAGUUGUAAUCAUCAGAUGGUCACUGUCAGAUUAUUUAUGUGUGCCAAAUUGACAAAAGAAGACGAAAAUGUUGCCCAAAAAAAUUCAUUUCUGCAAGGUUCAAGUUUGAAAUGCCAGCUACUAUAUUCGAAUCUUGGUUUUAGUUUUUUGGGAAGCAUGAAAAGUUAAUCAGACAGUACAUUCAUUUUUCAAGUAAGACCCUGGCUUUUCUUUUUACCCAAGUUUUGAGAUUGAUUAGCAGGGUGUCUCUCUUCUUCAAACUAUUAGUACAUGGUCUUGGUUCCAGUCUAAUUUGAAACCGAUAUGUUUGAAAAGCUAGGUUUGGAUUGCAGUUGAAUGAUAUGUACGUUUGGCCACGCAAGGCUUGUUCAUCAAAACAUUCCCAUCGAAAUCAACUUCUAAAGCGAUUUGGAUUC